GACAUCCCCGCUUCUUUGGAUAACAAUCGAUCGACGUAAACAACGAAUUCCCACACCCUUCAAAGCCGAUCGCCUUUGAAACCUUCUAAUACAGUGCUGCUAUAUCAAGGAAAUAGGUACGUGUUGCCAUAAAUCUAAUAUAUCAAUAGUCUUGAUCGAUCCCCAAUAAUCCGGACCAACUUGCCGGCUUGAUAUUUGGCGCCUGCUAUAGCUUAGCAGGUCCAGAGGUCAUGUCGGUUCAUAUAUGCGUGAGUGAACUCCAUAUUGUUUUUUCAACCCAAAAUUCCGGAAAUUUCGGUUACAAAACUAAUCAUUGUCAAGUGGAAUGGACCAUUUCGGUUCACGUUGACCAAUCAAGUCAUUUCGGCCAGUCGGACCGAAAAUAUGUCCCUUUCCAUUUGACAAAAUUGUUCUCCCUUGUACCCCCAUUCUAUGAAUAAUUUACCCUCUUGGUUUGCAACCACGUGACUAGGUUGCCAUGUUGGGGUCAAUACAAUAAAUUGUUUUCACAGUGACGUCAUCAAAUUGUAAAGUCAAAAUAAUGAGGUUUUACGAAUUCUUAUUUACACUACAUUGAAGAUAAACAAAAAAUAAAUCUUUGUACAAGUUUCCAUUCCCGUGGCAUGUUUCAUAUUUUCGCAAACACAGCAAUUUGAACUUCUGAGCUUUUACAGUGUGUGACACCAAAAUAGGAAUGCUGUCUCCUUGAAAAAAGUCUCUCCUCAUGAUUUUCAGCAGUAUAACCAUUUCAAGUAUUAGACGACAUGUUUAUGCACAUGUAUGCUAGUUUUCGAGUGGAAAGAAGGAGUUUUUAUAGAAAAAGUGGACUCCAGAUGUUUUUGUUGAUUUCCAGUGGCCAUAUUGGUGCACCAAAACGGUACACCAAUAUGGCGUCUCCAAACAAAGCUCUCCAAAGGUGCGUGAAACGUUUCAGCAAAUAACUCAGAAACUGUGGGCCACAAAGACCUGUUUAUAUAUUAGUCUUUUAUAACAUUUCCCUUUUUUGGCUUCUUCCUCUCGACGGUUUUCAAUUUAUUUAUUUUUUGUUGUGUGAUGGUGAAAAUGAUCUAUAGAAUGUUUUCUCAAAGAAUUGACAUGAAAAUAGAGUUUAGUUCCCAGAGGAAAGAAAUGCUUUUGUUCUUGACCACCAAACUGGCAGUCAUGACAUCACAUGCAAACCAGCAAUAUUAAUGUUGAGUUUGGUGGCUUGGGUCAGGUCUAUGCAACCAGAAGGUUACCCUGUGUCAGGCGUUCAGAAUGUGUGGAAUUUCCGAAAUUUCAAACCAGAAUGUUGUUGAAUGGAAAGCGUUCCAUGGUUCAAGUUGACCUGUUACCAUCCCCCCUGGCUAAGCAACCCCAGGGACAAGUCCAGCCCUUCAGGCGUGAGGAUGGGGAAUUGUUUGAGGCAGUCCUGUCCCUCGGGUAGGGGGGAUAGGGCAAAUCAAAAAUAACUUCUUGGGUAUUCCAAAGUGCAGUGUCUGUUUUGUAUGGUUUGGCUAAAGAAAGAGGAUAUCAAAAUGAAUUUCCUUGUCGAAAUUGUGUGAAUAAGAAUAAUAUUGAAUCCUUAGUUCAAAGCUCCAUGGUUCAGCCUUGUAUUUAAUUUAAUUGACAUGGGCACCAUUGGGAAUGAUUGAAUAAUUAUUAUUACAUGUAACUACUGUAUGCUAUUUUCAAUGAACUUAUCACAUAUAAAAGAGGCAGGUCUGAGCAGUGGAGUCUUGCGUUAUGUGAAUGGGGACCUUAAGAUCUGAGGACAGCGAUGAUGGUGAAAAUGUCGCCUUAAAAUUGAGUUUGUUUUCUUUCAAUCUAUAUCUUGUUUAUUCUUUACCGUGUCAAAUUUAGGCAAAUUCUGCUGGAGUUUAAUACUCAAGCAUGUGGCAGAGCAUGGGGGUCAAUAGGCCCCCACAUUUUGGUGCUGAAAAACACAAAGAUGAAUUUGACAAUACCUGUGACAUAGGUGACUUCAUAGUGUGCAUUUUCCGCCCUCAGAUGACUCAAAUGUCAAAAUAUGUUGUCAUAACAGUGUAACACUUUGUAAAAUCAUUUUUUUAAUGCUAUCACUGGUUUUCAAUUAUAUAUCAGGGUUGUCAUUAAGAGCUGGGGGCCGGGGAUUUUCCCCGGCUACUAAUAGAGUGGCCCCUGGCUACUUUUAUUGGAAAAUAGAAGAAAAAUAGAACCAAAAGAAAUCCCUAGCCGUUUGAUUCCCCAACUACUUGUUGUAUUUGCCCGGCAACUUGAAGUCUUAGUGACAACCCUGAUAUAUUCAGGCUGUAGCAAUUUACAUACACCUAUUUUGAGAAAGGUUGUCGGAAAAAGUGCAUGCGACAAUCCUGAAAGGUAUUGUGGGUGGUUUUGAGUUUUUUGUUCUUCAAAGAAAUUUGAAAGAAUGGCACGAAAGGCCAUGGACGUAUGUUUGCCAGUGCUAAAGGAAAGCAACAAAAGCAGGUUUGACAGCUACAGUGUCAGGAACAGUGUAUUGAGCAUAUCCCAUAUUACCUUUCGGGAUUGUUGCGUGCGCAGUUUUUCUGACAACCUUUCUCGAAAUAGCUGUAUACUGAUGUUUCUAGUAUGACCAGAAACUCAUAAGGGUUUCUGGUAUGACCAAGUAAUUUGACAUUGAACCUCUGUUUUUUUUCUUAGCCUUUAUUUUUCUGUGUUAACCCAAGAGUUAGCCAACCAUGUUGGGUAUCCUAUCAGCAGUGGUGGGAUUGCUUGUGUUGCUUUGGAUGUUUUAUGACUUUUUCUGGCCUCCUCCUCCAUUGGCUGACAGACAACUUGGUAAACCAGAUCAACCUGUUGAGUACAACUUGAAGCGCACAGUAAGUUUUAUUUUUUUGGAAACUAAGUACUAUAGCUAUGCUCAAAAAAAGGCUUGCGAAGGUUCAGUGGAUUACCUUGCAUACUUACCAUCCACCAUGGGAAACAAUUUAUUGCUUUGUACAAUUCCUUUUCAAGUAUGUGGCCUGUUGUCUUACUGUAAAUCCUCUAUUAAGCCCCCCUUUCAAAUAAGCCCCCUCCCUCAAAUAAGUCCCCCCCCCUUUUUCAGGAAAAGAAAGUUAAUAAGCUUCCUGUCCCCUCCCCUAAUUAUUCGUCACUAAUAAAUGAUAGACUGUAUUAAUCAAUCACGACUGUAAAACUUUGUGUGGACUGAUCUGUGAUAGUUUAUUUACCAAGUGGAAGUUCGGAUUUGAUCCUGAUCCUCGGUUGCAUGACCUCCACCCUCUUGUACUUAAGCUUUUCCACUUUGUAUUCUAGUUCUUUAUGGAGAACUGAUACCAUUGUCUUUUCUACAUUAAAUAAGCCCCCGUCUCUCAAAUAACCCCCGAUCUCUAUAAGCCCCUGCCCCCCAGGGGCUUAAUAGGAUUUAUGGUAAGUUGAUGCUGAUCAAUUGAGGUUUCCAGGUAACUGGCCACCUACCCCUCCCCUAGGUCAAAAUUUUGCCCUAAGUGAGAAGUAAGUGUUAAUAUUGAUUUAGGGGAGGGGUAGGUGAUCAGUUACCCAGAAACCUCAAUAUUAUUGAUCUGCUAAUGUUUUCCUUGUUAAGACUGUUUCCUCCUUAUAGUCUGUUCUCAGGGGAGGGCUGUAAAACAAAAGAGAAGCUUGAAUUUUACCUUGUCCCUUGGAAAAAAGAAACUUCAGGACUCGAAAUUGUGACUGAGGGUUCGCAAAUACGCCAAAUUUGGUGUAUUUGCACCAAAAUUGUUCAGAUGACUCCACAGAGGUUACGGAGGGAGUCACUUCGACUCAAGAAAUUUUCGGUAACAAACAGGGAGCCACUUCGACUCCGGAAAUUUUUAGUAACAAACACAGCUUUGUCCUUGUCUUUUUCGCAACAAAUACAAUUUACGUUAAUUGUAAACGUUGUAAACCUUAAUUAAAUCAUGAAAAUUAAAGAAUUAUACUGCACGACAAAACAGGAAGAGCGUAAAUUACGAUCAAAGUUUACUCGAUGACCGCCAUCAUGGAUUUGAGCGUUCCAGGUCAGCGGACCGCCACAGCUACUUCGUGUAUCCCUCACGAUGGUGUAUACAUGCCAGGACCACGUGCUGGAAAGUCUGAAAAUGGCUUUUUUCGUUGUGAUACUCGACUCCAAAUAUUCCAAAAUGACUCCAAAAUUCAUGAAGCAGAAGUCACAGUGACUCCACUCAUCAAUAAAAUUUGCAAACCGUGGACUGAUAUGGUCACCAAUGUGGCUAACAUUUUCUCCUUGGCGACUAAAAAUUCUGGUUUAGUUGCCACUUUGGUGACCAGAUUUCUCUAUGAUGUAGAUUUACAUUAAAAGCGUAAAGUUGAACAAACUUUUGAUCUUAUCUUGCUUUGCUUUCAUCAUAAAAAUCAUAUGACAUAAACAAAGCUAGUUUACCUUCAGAUUUAUACCAACUUCUGUCUUUGAUAUUUUCAAACAAUCGAAUGUGAUGGAUCGUGUCAUUUACGUACAAACUGGCAAUUAAAAAUUUGCAUCUGGUGACUAUAUUUCUCCACUAAUGUUUUUUUUGUUUAAUUUCCACAUGCCGCCCAGAUGUAAUAUGUGUCACUGAAUGAAUAUAUUAAUAUUCACAUGGACAAAUUAAUGCGAUGAGUCGUCGAAACUGCAAUGGGCUAAAAUAGUCCAAAAAUUAAAUUUUUGGACUAUUUUAGUUCAUUGGAGUUUCCACAACUCAUCGCAUUAAUUUGUCCAUGUGAAUAUUAAUAUAUUCAUUCAGUGACACAUACUAUGUCUGGGCUGCCUGUGUUAAUUUCGAGCCCUGAACUCUCAGGUUUCACUUGCCUGAGGCUAUCUUAGGUCAUUUUUCAUUGGAUUUAUGGAUAGGGACUUUUUCUAAAGCCAUUAAUUUAUUAUUUUGGGCCCACAAUUUAAACUACUGGGCUAACCAGUAAUUGUGAAAGCCUUAUUAAUUAAUUUAUUUAUUUACCUUUUCUGCAAUUUAGAAAAGAAAGUUAUCUCGCUGAAAGGAAAAUUUGCUUGUCUUGGAUAACGGCGGACACAACCUUUUUUUGAGCUCUGUCUUUGUUAACUGCACUAAUUUGAACUUUUCAGUGGUCAGGGGUUUCAAUAAAAAUUGAAGUAGCCAGCGGUUUGGAUAGAGUAACCGACUGUAUCAACAAGGGGCCGUUGGUCCCCUCUUCUAGGUGGAGGUGGGGGGGGGGUUGGGUGGGGAGGUCUAAGUGCAUUCUGCCCCUAAAAAUUUGGAAAUUUCAAAGCCCUAAAGAUGCGAUUUUCAGCGUUCUGGGGACUACAUUUGAGGACAAAAGAGCAUGUUUUUCACUCAAGAAAACGUAGCUUUCAAUUUAUCAGUAUAUUUGUAAGUAUUUUCUCAAAAAAAAUCUUAAGAAAGAAAAGUGAUGAAUUUUAAGCUCAAUAAAAAUAAUAAAUGUGAAAAAUGUGAUAAUCAUCAUGUCAUGAGUUGGGGGUGAAGAAGAAAUCUGGUGUCCCCUGGUUACCUCCUGAACUCUGAGAUGGUCUCUUCUUCGUGAGACUCUAGGAGAGCAAGCCAUUUUCCUAGGUUCAUAUUUGAACUGUGUCCUGCAUACUGCUACAAUCAGCAAUUUCAAGAGCAAAAGUGUACAAAUUAAAGAAGGACAGUGAAUUUUAUGAAGGAUGCAAGUCAAAUAUGAGUUUCUCCGUAGCUCAUUGGACACAGUACCUGCCUGGUGUUCGGGAAGUCACAUAUUCAAAUCCUGUAAAGGACUGAAGAUUUUUUUGCUUACUGACUAAUGGCCAGAAAGCAGUAAUGUUAAUGUCGUUGCUGUUAGUCCAUAAGUCCACAAGUCCAUUUCUAUUGUCCUUGUACCGUAAGGAAUUAACACUUAACCUUCAGAGCCGAAGGUACCAGGAGCUACCAGGUUCAAUACCUGCUAUUGCCCUUUUUUUCGCCAAUGAAUUGUUUAGACUUUUUUUCUUUUUUCUAUUAAUAAUAUUUCGAAGAUAAUUAGAUUACAGGCAUUACGUUCAAGAUCUGUGUUAGAUUGAUACUCGAUCCCGACCCCUUUCCUUUUCGAGGACUUUUCCAACCUUGUGUUUUUUUUUCAUUUAAAGAAAAAAACAAGGUACACAGAGUGAAACAAACUAUUGAAUAAUCUAAAUUUGUUUGUUUGGCAUUAAAAUGAUCUAGUAGUGCACACAGGUUUAUCAAAUGUUUUUCACUUUAACCUCCAGUGGAGAGGUACUGGGUGUGAUACUCAUGGGCAGCGCAGAUAUAUUUAUAAAGUAAUUUUCUUCAAUGAAUUUAAAUAGGUUCUUUUCUUCUUCUUUGUCUUCUUUUUUUUUUAAUUUAUGGUUAUCGGAGUGAAGACUAUUCAUAGCCAGCAAGCACAUGUCCUCUCAGGGGACUAUUAACCAUGCUUGUGACAUGCUGAUUAUCACAUAUCACAUCUUCUCCCUUGAUCAAUAAAUCGUUAGAGUUCUACAGAUGUACGUUCUUUAGGAUUUAAUUUUAACAGGUAAAAGUUGCAUCGAUUGUUUUAGGCUACCAAUAUAUAUAUAUACAACAAAUCCUUGCCAAUAAAUAGUACUCUUCUUUAAUUUCAGGUAGCAGAUAUCCCAAGGUUGGCUGGAAAAAAAUUGAUUUUCAGCAAAUGGUUGGCUAGAACUGUAAGUGAUUAAAAAAAACGUAACAACAAUUUUCAAAAUACAGCUAGUGGCAUUUUCUGUUUAACAAACUGACUGAUAGAUAAAGUAACAAAUUAUGGCUAUUUCUACGUCUGUUGAAUGAUAUUUGUUGAGAGUAUAUCAUCAAAAAUAGCUGGUAGCUGGUGAAAGUAUAAAUCACGUGCUUGGUGAUUUUGGCUGAAUACUCAGAGCUGGGUUGGGUUUUUCUUCUGAGUCUUUUGUAAAUGAUGUCAAAAUUCAGCCACCUUCUUCAAUGGUAAAGCUGCCUAACGUAAAAGCUUUCUGAAAAGCUUGAGUAACGCUGGCCAUUUGUAGUGAAUGUUCAGUAAAAUAUGAAGUGACAGUCAUAAAAUGAAGAUCCAUUUUGGUUGCUUAAUUUAAUUACUUUGACAUUAUAUCAGUGCAAAUGGAGGAGGCAAUUUGAAAAACACAUUAAAAUAUGUUCUUUUUUCAACCAAAACAAAUUCAUUAGCAUGGGCAGAAAACUGGUAGUGGUACAAAUGUACGUUAUUUUCCAAAAGACAAAUUGAUGAAGACCGUACAGUCAGUAAGAGUUUUGUUUGUGUUAAUAGCAGUGCAGCCUAUGAUUAUUAUACAUCUGUCAGUUCUAUUCAUUAUAUGACCACUAUCCUCUAGGGUCUUGGAGAUGUUUUAAGACGUUUGGCCAUUAGGUAAGCUGCAUGUUCUUUUGAUCAAAUGUAUAUUUUAAAACACCAGUUUAUCUGAAAAUAGACUUGUGGGGCUUAUAUUUUUCAAAGCCCUAUUUUCAGCAGUUUUUAUGUUAAUUUUGGAGAGGCUUAGUUCAGGAGUGAAAUUUACAUGUAAAUAAAUCCGUGGGCUAUUCAUAAUUGUGGGAAAUUUGUGGCAGCAAUUUUUUAAUGUCUGAUUUGAUAAUAAUUAAAUAGCUGGCUCAAUUGAGCAGAAAUUUGUGACAACCUGAACACUCUGAACAUUCAAACUUCAAAAGCUACUGACUGCAAUAUCAGGCUUAUAGGGAGGGGGGGUGCAACGGGUGUGCUCACACCCUGCCAGAGGCCCCAGAGGUUCACUUUUUUGUUGACCAACGAUUGAUUCAAAACAAAGAUUAGUCUAUGGUAAGAGAAAUAGUAAUAAUAUUAAACAGUGUACUGUAUAUUCUUUAUAUAUGCUUCAGAUUCUUAAUAUUUAUCUUUAAAUUUGUGAUUCAGUUCAAAUGAUCAUAACUUCAUUUAUUGCACUAUAUAGUGUGAUGAUCAACUUUCUUAUUGAAGUUUCUGACAAGUUCUUUGCAAUUUCCACCCUUGCUUGCCAACUUCCCAGCAGCCAGAACUUACUGUAAGUUUUAAUAAACUUGAGGUUUUGGUUGGCUACCAAAUUAUUAAGCCUUAAGUUCUGACAGGGAUACAAUUCUUUUUAUCUCUCCUAAAUGAUUUAAAAUAUUGAACAGGAAAGGUGAGCUGGAUCUGUUUCGUAAAAUCAGAAUCCCGGAUGCUCCAACAUUAUUUCCUCUGCCACCCUCAUGUCCAGAGACCAAGACCCACAGCAAAGUGGAUUUAGAAGAAUUAAUUGAAAAAAGGUAAUUUAUUGAUUUCCAACUUGUGAACCUAUUUUAACAUUGGAGAAUUAUGGCCUGGAAGGUGUAGCUCCGGUGACUAGCUUGGUCCAGGGAAGUGGCAGAAAACCUUUUACUGCAGGGCUUUUCAAUGACACAUAAUCUCUGAAGUUCAAAAGCCAACAAACGUUUGCAUUCUUGGCUGCUGUCAAUAAUCUUUGAAUACCUCUUAGGAAACAGAGGUUUACUUAAUGUACGAGUUCAAAAGGUGAUAGUUUUUGAUGUGCAAUUUUUUUGUGUUUCUGUCUUUCCAGGUUUGUUAUUGUAAUUGAUAUGAUUGUGGCAGGGAAAAACACAACAAUGGCUUUUAAAUUUCAGAGUGCACAUGUUAUUGAAAUGGGCAGUCACGAAAAGAAAUCCUUCAUCUAAUUCAGUCAAACUUUUGUUAGCAGCAUUAUAUUGCAUUGCAUUUGUUUUGUUAUUGUAAUUAUUGUUCUUUAUAAUUAAUGCUGUUCAGACUGUAAUUUUGUUUCAAGGUUGUUUAUGGUCUUAAAGUCACUGAAUGAAAAAUCCAAGAAUAAAUAAUUUUAUUGUUCCAUUAUAUUUUUUUGACUUUUUUAUCAUUUUUUCAUUUUAGUGGUCGUGGCUUGAGUGAAGAUUCCUUCACUUUUGUUACCAUACCAGACCUUUUGAAGCAGUACAGGUAAUUGCAUAAUUUAAGUUUGUAAUAAUGAAGUGCCGAUAGCAUGAUGGGAAAUAUCUGAAAUUUUUUAUCUGUUGUAGAUCACGGACAGUCACUCCAAUGCAGAUAGCUGAGAGAGUGAUUGAGAUUAUAGAGGACAUGGAGAAACAGUCGCCAAAAAUGAGAGCCAUUGUCCAGUAUAAAAAAGAGGAAAUUUUUAAGGUUUGUUUUCUAUGUAUAUAUAUGAUCUACUUGCACAUACCUUUUUCAAGUAUGCUAACCUCUGUAGAUUUGAAUUCCGGUGAUUUUUUUUGACCUACUGGUUUUGAGGCAGCAUUUUUUUCAUCAAACCUCUCCCCAGAAAACUUUUCCUCACAAAUCAUUCCCACUCCCACCCACUAAAAUGGACCACCUACUAUUGCUUCGAAAAGGAUUGGCACUUCUCUUAUAGAUUCACGCAAUUCAUAAAUUCUUAUGUGGCUAUAAUAGUGAAAGCCCUGUAACAGACAGCAAAUCACAGUCAGUUAGAGGAAAAACAGUAGUGGCAGUGCAACCCGAACUCUCUUUGUCUGAGGCAUUUUCAAUGCUAGUACCAGGAGACUUGGAUAAAAUGAGCUGGCUAGUGUGCAGCUUUUUUACCAUUCAAAAGUAAUAGUAGAGUUAGAUAUUUUAGCAACUGUUAACCAAUGCAUCGUUAUUGCUCUCAGAUGGCUGCAGCAUCAACUAAGCGAUAUGCAGAAGACAAACCUUUGUCUGUUAUGGAUGGAAUUCCUGUUGCUGUAAAAGAGGAAUACCAUGUGGUAAGUCACUAGAUUAGGUUACAGCCUUAAGCAGUGCCGUAGCCAGACCAAACGGCCAACCGAGGCAGGCGGGAGUUGCUAGGGGGGUUCGGGGGCAUGCCCCCCCCCCCUAGCGAUUUCUUUACUGAUUUUGAGGAAAAAACCGACUGUUUUGCAGUCUAUUGCUGCAAAUACACCGAUACGUUAUUUCCAAAUUAUGUCCUUUAUAACUAUUUGGUGACAAUGAUCAUUUACAGAGUUGUUGUUCUUUAAGGUGCCAUUUUAUAGUCGUUGUGGGACCACAUUUAUGGGCAGUGAGCCAGCAAAAGAAGAUGCUUUUAUUGUGAAAAAGCUUAGAGAUGGAGGAGCAAUUAUCAUUGGUAUAACAAACAUGCAUGAGCUCGGAAUUGGAACCACAGGAAAUAAUCCAAACAGGUUGGGAUAUAAGUAUUUUCUUUGAAAUUAAAAGACCUUAUUAAAAGGCGGCCUCGCUCAGUUUAUUUCUUGUGAAUGCAUGGAGGUGUUGUUUUUGACACAUCAGACUUUAGCCUGUUCCAGGCCCGGUGAAUUGAGAAAGCGCGAAGACGAAAGUAAAACGGGAGGAAACUUUCCUUUUUUCCGCCCCGUCAACUUUUCGCGUGCCUUUUUCUUUCGCGUCUUCCCCACUAUCUGAGAGCCUGGAACAGGCUAAUCAGACUUCGGAUCAGUAGCCUUUCCAUCACAUUGUGUCCAUAACCCUUCAAGUCCCAAUAUCUACAUUCAAAUUCUCCAGACUGAUCCCAUACAUUUCCUUAAAGAAUCAGUAGAGAGAAUUUGAUAAAAGAUCAAAGCAUUUUUCUUUGGUGAUCAUUUAAUUAACUCUCGUAACCUUUUCUCUUGAUUGUAUAUUGAUAUUAUUAGGAGAAAAUUGGUGUUGAUCACUCUUGGGAAAUAGAGGGUUAAACAAGAGACUUUGCUUAUUUUGUCUCUCUCUAAGCAAAACUAGAAUGAUCCUCAUACAGUGGAAUCCCGCUAUAACGAAGUGCCACGGUACCGAGACAAAAUGUUGGUUAUAGCGGGUCUUCGUUAUAGUGAAGACCCUUUAUAACGAAUUAUCUGGUUAACAGCAAAAAUAUUCGUUAUACCUUAUUAUAGGAAAUUAACGCUCCAUGAAAUUAAGGUAUUGGAAAUUAACGCGACUUAAAUUAACGCGAAUUUAAUGGAAAACGACUUUGGAAUAAAGAAAAUUAACGCGAAAGAGGAGGCAGAAUUUCAUAAAAAGGAAAUUAACGCGAUUAUCUUCGCCGAAAUCAAAGGAGAAGAUAUUGACAUCACUUCUGACAGCGAUAACGAUGAAGAUAGACUCGAAGUAUUGUAAACCUUCGCCUUGGCUUUUGUGAAAGAUGAAAAAUACAGGGUAAAUGGAAAGAAAGAAAGCUUGUAGUUAAUGUUUUUUAGGUGUCAAGAAUGUCUGAACAGGUUCCAAAAUUGGGUUUAAAAUACUGGAAAUUAAGAGCGCGGAAAUUAACGCUGCACUUAAUUAACGUCGCGGAAAUUAACGCUCAACAAAAUUAACGCGACUUAAAUUAACGCGAACUUUAACGAUUCGCGUUAAUUUCAUGGAGCCUUAAUUUCCUAUAAUAAGGUAGCGUGGGAAAAUUACUAAAUAACAAUUACCAAAAAUUCAAUACUGCCGUAGAACAAGCUGUGAUUUCUACUCAAAUCUGUCGUUUCUACUGACUGCUGCGAGCGACCGGAUAAAAUAUUCGUUACAGCGGGGUAAGUUGUGCGUUGGGACCAUCAAAAUCUAUUCGUUAUAGCGAGGUUCGUUUCCACAUGUUUUACUUUAAUUCUGCUGGGCUUUUAGGCUUGACUCGGAUUCAUUGGCGUUCUGACAUUGUAAGAACUGGAUACUACCUCUCUGUGGUGGUGUUGAUGGGGGAUAGGGUUAGGUUAGGGUUAGUGGGAGGCAAAACUGUCCCCCCCCCAUGUGGGGUUUCUGCUAGCAGAGGCCUCUUCUCCCCGCCCACCGAAUACCAGGGUUCAUUGGCGUUCAUUGAUUCAUUGGCGUUCUGACAUUGUAAGAACUGGAUACUACCUCUCUGUGUCAAAUCAAGCUAAUCAAACCAAUUUAGGGGGGCAGGUCAAGACAUUGUGGUUUUUAGACGUUUCCGCCUACGUAAAUUAAAAAAAAAAAAAUUUACUCUCUGGAUCACUGCGUGUAUUUAUUCAUAGACUGCAUGGAACUCCAAGAAAUCCGUACAAUGUGAAUCAUUAUACCGGUGGUAGUUCAAGUGGAUCAGCUGCAGCUGUAGCUGCAGGUAAGAACGUCCAGUGCGGUCUAUAAAAAAGAAAUAUGUCAUCGUAGCAGAGUGCAGCACAAUCUAAUUAUCAGGGUCAGAAAUGCUUGUAGUCUACGAGUAGUCCCUCAUUUUCGUCAGGGAUAGUAGAGCGAGCGACAUACGCAACCGAGCGGGAAAAUUGGAGGCCCUCGCGAGGGAGGCGAUGUUCUCACCCUCCCCCCGUGUCACCUUUUACGCUGCAAGGCAAUACUUUCACGAUCAAGCGGCCCACGCGAGCGCGCGCGUUUAAGUUAAAAGCACUCGCGAGGAAGGCGAUUUAGUCUUUUCCCCCGCGUGUCACCUUCCACUCCGUGUGGCAUCUUUUUUCGCGGGCUACCUCUUCUUUCCCUGAGGAACAUGAGAGGCCUACUAUUCGUAAUCCAAAACCUCUUGAGAAAGCGUUAGAUCGGGGGUCAUAAGCUCAAUUCCCAUGAGAGAGUCAGAAUUUUUUCGGCGUUUCUUUUUUAAUAUGACUUGCUGAACUUCCCAUAUUGUGAACAGUCUUAUCCACAGGCGGCCCAGACGUACGUAGUGUGUGUCAAUAACAUGGACAAAAUGGGACGAGUCGUCGAAUCUCUCAUCUGACAUUCUUACGUGCCGGUACAUUUAAAAACCCCAUUAUCGAACUAAAGUAGCCCAGAAGUCAAAAUGUAACAAAUAGUUGGGAGAAUUUGUUAAAAGAUCAAAGCACUUUCCCUUUGGUGAUCAUUCAGGAAUUCUCAUACCCUUUCCUUUUGAUUAUGCGUUGUUAUUGUUAGGAGUAAAAUUGAUGUCGGUCACUGUUGAGGCUUAAAGGGUUAAGGCUACCGCCCAGAAACCGUAACAUUUCAAACUCUCUGUGUUCAUUGUGUGUGUGUGUGAGGGUUGGGAGGGGGAAGGGGGUGGGGUGUCUGCUCAAUCACAAAUGGAAGCAGCCAAUGUGAAUUUUUGAUAAUCCUGUUUUUCUCAGGCCUGUGCCCAGUUGCUUUAGGUACAGACGGUGGAGGAUCAAUACGUAUUCCCGCUGCAGUGUGCGGAGUCGUGGGAAUUAAAGGUACGUAACAGCACAACCCCUUGGACACCUUAUGAAGUUUACACAUCGUAGUAUUCCUUUUCACUUGGCUUUUCCAUGUACUGUAGACAUAGAGAGUGAAGGCUACAAGGAAUACUAUGUUGUGUAAAAUUCAUAAGGUGUCCAAGGCGUUUCAGACCGACGUGAUCAAAUGUAGCGUGCGUAGCUGGCGUUUUUUUUUUCAGUGUGAUUUUCACCGUCAUUUUUAUCAUGGUUCGUACAAUCUUAAAAAGGUCUUGACUUGAAAAGUCCUUGAAUUCGGUGAAUUGAUAGUCCGUAGGCAAUUACGUGAUCUCAGCAAUAAGAUUGCCGUCACUUUACAACUACUUUGCAAAGUCUUGUUGCGGAAAGUAGUAUAACAAUGUGAUCAACGAUGGCCGAAGAAGUAAAAAUCGUAGAUGACUCCAUGCAUGACGUGUUUUACCCAAUAGGGUGAUCAAAGGCGGUUAAAGAAUGUCGGAUUUAUUCAAUAAAUCCUAGUUCUUGAAAACUGUAAUUUGUCCUUGGAAAAUCCUUGAAAUUUGCUUGUCUGAAGUUUUACGAAACGUGUUUAAAGAGGUUUGUAUAGUGGUGGUGGUGGUGGUGUUGAUGGGGGAUAGGGUUAGGUUAGGGUUAGUGGGAGGCAAAACUGUCCCCCCUCCCCCCCAUGUGGGGUUUCUGCUAGCAGAGGCCUCUUCUCCCCGCCCACCGAAUACCAGGGAAAAGAAGCCUCUGGUAGCAGGGAACCCCCCCAGGGGACCCGAUUUGUCUCCCACCAUGUAAAACGUCUGGAAAUUUUCGCAACUUUGCGGAGCUAUAUCUUCGCUCGUUUAAGACGUAUCACCUUCAAACUUGACAAGUUUACGAAUUUUAAGGCGCUCUUUUCAGCGGUGUCGACGGAUUUUCCGUAACUGAUGCCUGUCAAGAGGCAUUGCACGAUGACGAAAAUAUAUAAAUCAGAGAACGACACGUGACUAUCAGUCAGUUUAUUUUCUUUCUUAAUAUAAAAGAAAAUCUUAUGUACAUUAUCAGAAGACCUUUCAGGCACUUCAUUUCAUGGAAAACUGUCUUACAAUGAUCUAAGCCAUACGGCCUAAACCUUAAAAUUUCUUUCACUCUUUUUUUUCUUACAGAUCAGUUUUUACUUCUCAACUUGACAAUAUCGGCAAGAGAAAAAAAUGAUUAAAAUAAGUAACAAUGCAUCACAAUCUCUUGCAUAUGAAAGUUCUAGGGUGUUCAUUGCAGUACGUAGAAGUGUAAUGACCUAAUUCUCUCUUUGUGAGUCUUUUUUCUCAAAUCUUUCAUUAUUCCGACUAAGCCAAAACUUUCUCAACUUCUUCACGCGCAGGUUUGAUCUUACAUCCUUCGGCUGCUCUACACUUUUCUUAAGGUUCUCGAGACCAGUGUAAAGUUGCUGAGAGCCAGAUUUCGGUGACUUAUCUUUUCCAUUUGGGAUUUUCAUUUGUACUUCAGAUUCCUCUUUUCCCGACCUUUUUGCUUUCGUUCCUCCCCGAAGAUGUCUCAAUCCUUUCUCUAUUUUUGAUCUAAAACUGUUUGGGUGGUCCAAGUUUUUCUUUAGAUUCUGAAAUCCAGGAUAAAGUCGCUCCACACCUGUUUUCUGGGGUUUCCUCCUGAACGCCAUUUCACUAAUAGGCCUAACGCGAGGCUGUUCUCCAGAACCAGCAGAUGAGUCAUGAGUUGUUUCAAGAUCUUCUUUCAUCAUUUGAUUUUCCCCUACACCUAUUUCCUGUAACCCUUUGUCCAUCCUUUCCAGUACUUUCCCCACAUUUUGGACAAUUCUUGACCUGACGUUGUUUGGUUUCUCUAAGGUUUUCCUUAGAUUCUGAAAGCCAGGGUGAAGCCGUUCAAUCCCAGGUUUUUCUGCUUUUUUCCCUCUCCUCCACCUUAACGCCGAUUUACGCCAACUGUCAGACUUGACAUCUAAAUGUUUCUUUUUGUCGCUGGAGGAAGACUGUGGCGGCUCGAGACAAUCCACACACUGUUUCUUGGUGUUAACUGAAUCAGAUUCUCUUACACUGGCAGCCACCACUUCCAGGCCUUGAACAUUUUCGCAGGAAUCGUUCAUCUCAGAUCCCUUCCUCUCCCGGUGGCGGACGUUUCUCCACUUUUUCAGGAGUUUGGAUCUGAUGCUGUUUGGCCGGUCCAAACUUUUCUUUAGAUUCUGAAAUCCGGGAUGAAGCUGUUCAAUGCCACUGUUUUUCGUCUUCCUUUUUUUCUUCCACCUGAGUGGAAAUUUAGACCGACGAUCAUCCUGAACAUUUAAAGCUUCCUCUAUAAAUUCACGAGACCCAGAACACUCCGGGCCGUGGAGAUCUUGAGGGGAACUUUGCUUUGACUCAGUGUCUCCUUGGAUGACGCCUUGUUCACAAAGGUCGUCAUUGGCAGUACACUUUUCUAUACAGUACUCUGUUGUCUUUUCCUUAGAUUUUCCAAGUACGUUUUUCCACGACACCUUUGACCAUAAACUGAAUGGGAAUUUGAAAUUUUCCUUUGCAUCUACAGACCCAGAACUUGGGUUCACAUCGCUUUCAUUGUCAUGCCACGCAGAGGAACCUGGAUUUUCGCUCUUAUUUUUCUUCCACGCCAGGAAAUCUUUCUGUCCGUAACAACCAUCAUCUGUUGUUUGUUUUGGGGCUCGUAUUUUCUCCUUUUCAUUCUGACAAAAGGAGCUGUGCUGGUAAAGUUUACCAUUGUAAUUAUCGCGGUAAGAAGAUUUUGAGAAAUCGCUCUUUAAGUUUGAAGCCUUUGAAGAUCGCGAAGUAAACUUUAACGGUGCGUGAGAUUUCUUUGCACUUUUGUCAUCGCCACAUUCUUCCCAUGCGACCUUCUCAGCCGGAGAAAUCUUAUUUUUUCUAAACCGCUUUUUCUUUCUUGGCCUUGACUUUUUCUCGACAGCCAAAGCCUGAUUUCUGCCUUUGCUUGAACCGCAUUUACGAUCAGUCGUUGAGUGUUCGUCGCUCUCCUUGAAGCCGCAAAUGUCGAAAAAGGUUUCUUCUUUUGCGACAGAAAUUUUUCGUUGAAGCUCAUCCUCUUUGUCUUUUUCUCUGUGAAAUAUCACGCAUCUCAUAAACUGAAGUAUUAACUGUCCAAGCGAGGUCACCCUUCGCAAAAGGGCAGCCAUACUUCGGAUUUUUAUCUCGAAUUCUGUGUAUGACGUAACAAAUGAUUUGGAUGACGUAAAAGUCACUAAUUGUACGCGCGCGACACGCGCGCUAAUUCGCCAUUUAAAAGCGAGAAGGGACCUGGGACGGUUUAACUUUCGCAAAGAUUUCUGGGAUUGUAACUGGGGACAGGGAAAAAAAAUGGCCUUUAUCUGACCGACGGGUAACCCGUAAUGGUCUCAGACACAAUUGCGGGACGCAUUUCGGCUCCAUUUCCCUGCUCGAUUUUAGAACUAAAGUGGCAAACCACGUAGAAAUUGAAUUAAAUAACUAGGAGCAAUGGAAAAUUAAAAGAAAGCAUCCGACCUGCUUGUGUGUAGGAUUAUCGGCGUAGAAGUUGGUGUGGAUGUACGUGAGUAUCCAAAUAAUUUAAAACGUUUGGCACGCGCGCGAAGAUUUGCGAUGACGGUUUUCCCGUUCUAAUUUGAAAUUCGAAUGCCGUUUCAUUAAAACGCGCGCGCAUUGCAUGGAAAUCGCAAUGUUAAGAAUAAAAACGGAAAUGGAAAUUAGAUUAUGUAGUGCAAACUGAAAAAAACUAAAAAGGGAGAAAUUCUUAAAAGAAUUAAAGAUAAAUUGUUGUGUGUUCAGUAUGGCUUCCAUGACCCUAAACAUGAUUAAUUUCUUAGCUUCCCACGGAAGCCAAAGCGAACUAACAGCCUGAUGAUCUAAAAGAAUUAAGAGCGAGAAGAGGUGUUCCUUUUCAAACUGAAGAAAAUAUAGCUGUCAAUUUAUCAUUCAUACAAUCAGUUCCUUCAAGAAAUGAACAAAUGAUGAAAAUUAAAUUACGUACUUUUGCACGUAAACAAAUUCGACUUAAACCUGUAAAGAAACUUGUGAAAAAAUGGCUGAAAUAGAAAUAUAGCGUUCACGUGACUAAAGCAUAACGUAAAACCACUGGACCUUUAUAAUGACGUUUUCAUUCAGAUUUUGUGAUAUAUUUUUUGUUUACAACGUUAUUCAAACUAGUUGCUUCUUCUUUCUGAAAAAAAGUAGCCGACCUAAAUGAGCAAGGUAGCCGACGCGUUUCGUCGGCCGUCGGUGCUUAUUGAAAGCCCUGAGUGAUAUUUCAUAUAAUGUUUGCAUUUAACCAACGUUUUCUCUUUCAGGGUCUUGUGGUCGCAUUAGUACAAGCGGAAUUGCACCCCUUGCACAUACAGUCGGUUGUAGUGGUAAGCAUAAGAAAAAUUAAUCCGUUUAUAUUAUUUUAGAAAAGGAGCCUACAAUCAAGGACACUCAACUUGGGUCACACUGCUCUGAUACCCGUCUUUUUCUCUUCCAUUGUUGUUUUGGAAUGAUUUUUCGGUGGAAGUGUCCAAGUUCGAGGCCAACAUUGAAAGGAACAGGGAAAAGGAGGUUGAGCACAACAUGUCAGCGUUAUUCCUUCUAUUGACCCAAGUUCUGAUGUCACGGAUUGUAACAUCGCUUUAGAUCUUGCGAGUCACAGCUGACAGGUGAUGUACCAAGCAAAAUCCUUUGCUGUGUAGCUUUAGUUUACAAUUCAUAUUUUUUACAGAAAAGCCGUUUUACGAAAAUUAUUCGACAUUAGAUUCUCAUACAAACACUGUCAUUUCUCACGCGGUUGCCUACUCGUCAAGAUGGCGUUCAAAACCGUGACCAGGUCUAUUAGAGGCUUGUUAUCUCUAGCGUAAAACUCUCAUAAAAAGCCCAUUUUUCAGCUUUUUCACUUCUGAGGUUGAUUCUAAAUUACCAACUGAUUUAUUCCCUCUCCAAUGUCCCCAGGUCCUCUCUGUGCCACUGUGAGGGAUGUCGCUGUAGUAUAUGGUAAAAACCAGCUUGUUCAGAACAUACUUUUUUUCAUAUGAUUCCUCCCGAAAGAUGGGUUUUAAUAAAUGUUUUUUCUUUCCUGGCAGCAUAUUUAGCCGGCAAAGACAAGGAUGAUCCGAAAAGUGAGUUUUUGUUAAUUUUCUGUUUGUGACUGUUGUAAAAUGACUUGAUCCAGCGGAAAGUUUUAGACGUUUUUAAUCAACGGCGAGUACUAUUUUCGUCUGAUCUUGAAAUUGCUUGCUGAGUAUUUAUGAUUUGUUACAUCCAUCGAACAGAUUUCUCGAAUUUCAUAUUCCUUAUAUGGAAAGGACGUUCCACUGACCGGUCAGAAAUCUAAAUAGUGAAAGACGUCACCGAGAAGAGCCACAUCACAGGUGGCAGCUAGUUCUCUUUGCUAACCCAAUCAGAAGUCCUCGAUUCACUUUAAGUCUUCAGUUUUCGUCUUUCUAGCUGAAGUGUUGCCCAGGAGCUAAUUGGCUGUAUUCACACUAGCCUGUAGUGCAGGCUCCUGUUUGCACUACAAUUUGCGUAGGGUGUGGUGCAUGAGUGAUAAAAACAAGGAAAGGAGAUGUAGAAUACCCACCCUCCCCACCCUACUGAUCGCACUGUUGCUACUACGUAAUAGGCCCUUUGCAGCUCGCAUGUACGUGACAGGCUCAAAGCAAAAUAUAGGAUACAGCUUAAACAAUUUACGUCUUUUAUGUUCUCCACAAUGCAAUUUGUUUUCCCCACAAAACGUUGCGUAAACUUUGUGUUUUGAUUUCUCUUCAAACUAGCCUGCGAGCAAGCUCUCCUAUUUGGGCGAGUGGAGCGAGUCUCGCGAGAACGUGCGAGCGAGCGGCGAAGCCGCGAGGGGCUAGCUCGCGCGUUCUCGCGAGGCUCACUUCGCUUACCCAAAUAGGAGAGCUUGCUCGCAGGCUAUCUUAAAACUAACAAUCGUCCCUUAAAACUUGUGCAAAAUUUUGUGGGGAAAGCAAAUUGCAUUAUGGGAACAUAAAAGUCGCAAAUACCAGAGAUGGAGAGAGCAUGAAGAAGUUAGGUCCGUUUCAAACGUCUAACUUCACGUGUGCACGUGCGUCAGCUAGAACACCAAUUUUGACGUGGUUGGCACAUACGACCCAGGUUUUGUGGGUGUUAAAAUCUCUAGGAAUCUAUAGCGAUUAUGGGAAAAAGCACUGGACUAUCCAGCGAUACACGUCGCAUUUUCUCCGUUUUUGAAACUCCCAUAGAACUGUACUGCGGGUAGUUUAAAACCUAAAAAUGGCGACCCAUUCUUUUUUUCAUGCUCUUUCGAUAUCUGGUGUCUUUAGAGUUGUAUCCCGUAAUUUGGGAAAGAGACUGGUCACGUGACUGCUGUUUUUGAGUGACACACGCCAACCAGAAGUGGACAUUUUGAAUUCUUGGGUACUGAUUUCGCCGGGCAAAUCGUCUCUUCAAGAGGAAAGACACUUAGCGGUUCAAAUUUGGUAGCAUAUAGACAUUUUAAAAUGGAAUAGGCCUCACUUCUCAUUGACGUGCGUCGCUCAAAAAGUCUAACAUUGACUGCGCCCACGGGAACUGCUGUUCGCUCGGUUGCCGCAAAUAUAACGCCUGCGCUAAAGAUUAGGUUGCGUUCAAGAGCGCAGGUUCCGACGUGUAAUGAAAAUCGUUCCUGUGCUUUACUGUAACAGCUCUUUGUCAACCAGACGUGACACUGGAAGGCUUCGAAAAUAUCGUCACUCUAAAAGGCAUCACUCUUGGGAUAGACUGGAAAUAUUUCAAGGUUUGUUGAGUGAAACUGACAAGAAAUUGAUUUUACUGAGUUGAUUAAGGUUCCUUCACCACCUUAAAAAAUUUGAAAAACUGACACAGACAGUGAAGGAAUGCUAGCGAUCGAAACGUCAGCGUUUCAAACAUAUUUCGGUGGUAAAAUGAGUGUAAGUCGGCGUUUUAUACAUACCAAUUACCAACAAUUUGUUUUGUAGGACAGUGACCCGGCAGUCUACCAACAAUGCGAGAAAGGUAACUAAAUAAGUAAACAAAUAAAUAAAUAAAAUAACGAUUUCGAGGCAUAUCAUCCACUUAGUGAUUGUUUGUCUACCCCAGGUCGAAUCAUCCUCGGAGCUAACCCAGGGGCGGUCAGUCGGGUCGGAAUAAACGGCGGCGAAAGUGCCCAAUCAGAUACAAACAUUCGAAUGAGUCGUGGAACUGGUUCUUUAACAGUAGCAUCCCAGGGUUUCUCUCGGCCGUUCUUGAAAACGCUCACCGCCGUUAAUCCCGCCCCUGGGCCUCCGAGGAUGAGGUCGAAUUGGAAUUUGGACAUUUUUUAAGCAAAGUCUCUGUGAAGUCCGGCUGUGAGCUAAGUUUAAUUUUGCUAUUUUAUAAUAGUUUGAACCAUCUUGACAGUAUAAUAACGACAGAAAGUACUAACCUUUCAUUUCAUUGUCAUACUUAAGGAUAUCAUUCGAAGUCUCGAAAAUUAGAGCAACCUUUGACUGUAUGGUAGAGAGUACCACGUGAAGAUACUGCUCAGCAGUUUUCAUUUGAAUGGUCACACUGUAAGAGUUCAUCCAUCAAAAAACAGAGUUAGAAUUGUCUUGCUUGUAGAAGUUCUCAGUUGACACACCAACCCCUUAUGAGUUUCUGGUCACACUGAAUAGCUAUUCUUUUAGCUGAUUUUGAGCUGCUGUCAUGGUUUUGAAUCAGCUUUUGUUCGUUUUUAAACAGCUGUAAAGUAUUUGGAGGAUAAAGGAGCUUCUGUUGUAUCAAUUCAAAUACCGGAGUUGCAGGUAUUAGAUAAGUUCAGACCAUGUUUUUCCGGAAGCUUUUUCAAACUUUUAGAGUUUAUAUGUUUUGACUAUAUUCAAUGCUGGAUUCUCGAUUACAAGCUCUUUUCUUAGCGACGACCGGAAAUGGUGUACUCAGCUUUGUUCAAAACGCUAGUUAGCUACCAAACUUUUGAUAGUGUACUAUUAAAAGUUUCUAAGUACUUGAGAACUGAAGCUUCGGUAUUAUAACGGUAUUAUUGUAUUUUAGCGUAAAAAGAAGCUCAAUAUUUUGAGAAAAAUGAAAAGAUGGGAAUGAAGCCACGAAAGUGCGCGGAAAGGCCUGAACGCGACUUCUGGUGCCCAGUUUGCCGACGUGCCAUCGGUCAAGUCGGUUUUUUUUAGCCUUCACUGUACUCGAGACCUUACGAAACUACAACGGCAACAGGAACGUCUAAAAUACAAUAGGUUUAGCAACCAAAACAACAAUAAUCGAGGAAAAGUUUGAAAAGACGCAAAGUCUAUUUAUAGCAACGUUUUAAUAGGCGUCGCCUUUGGCGGAUCCUAAGGUCCCUGCUCACGUUGUUUUUGCUAAAUUUGCCAAAUUGUAAAUACAGUUCUACUAAAUAAAACGAAAACCGAUGCAGACAUUUGAUGGCCGAGGAUCUUACUACGUCACCACGGUGUUUUUCAAAGAUGGCGCCCGAGGUUAGAGGUUGAGGAAGAAGUGAGACUGGGAACGAGUUUAGCUGUAAAAUGCUUUAUUUUUUAAUUUCUUACCAGCCCCUCAGGUAGAAUUUGCUUCCAAACCGCUGAAUAUUUUUGUUUCACGAUUGUCAUUACGUUGUGAGUUUCAAAACCUUUUCUUAUCCCUAAACUUUAAACCUGCACUAGUGCAGUUUGGGCUUGCCCCAAAUUAGGCCACUUUCGAUAUAUGAAAAUUCAGCAUGAUAGCGAGUCUUAGGCGUAGGCGAAACAUCGAACUUUUCACGAGACAAACCAAACUCUAAUUUGGGUCGACCUAAAUUAAGUUAAGAUCGUCUGUUGGGUAAGACGUCGAACUUCGGACGCGUCGAACCAAUAAACUAAAUCAGCGCAAAAAGCAAAUUAGAUAAAUUUUCGUCCCGAACGAAGCUAAAUAUACAUUCUCAUAGAAAUUUGAAUUGGUUCGUUAUAAACCCGUGAGAGGAUGAUGAUGAAAUUAUGAAUAUAUGAAAAUCAUAUAUGUGAACUACGGAGUGAAAACACAAGCAAAGAAAAUAAAAACGAAAAAACAUAUUCAUUUUCUUUGUUUAUGUCCGCUUAGACUAGCCAUCGUGCUGAAUACAUGUAUCAAUAUAUCGAAAGUGGCCUAAUCCUAUUUAAAAGACCAUAAUGGCUACCACAGCCCUAAAAUCUGUUCCUUGUUUUUCUUCUGUUUUUAGGAGACCAUUUUCGCACAUGCUAUCACCAUAACUUCAGAGAUGGCGACUGGUAUGGAGGAAGAAUAUCAUAAAUACCACAGUGAAAUGGUAAAAAGCCGGCUUUAAUACAGAAUAAUUUGUAGUUGUUCCACACUGUUUUAUGAUAGCGAAAUAAUAAACAUCAAAUGUAGUAAUUCAAAGUCAUGGCGAGAAUGCUGUAUUCACGCCUUGCCUUCAUGUCAAACACUGCCAGAAUACCUGGUGGCGUCUAGUAAGGUAGUUCUAACUUUUGAGUUUGUGGAUGAAAUCCUAUGGUGUGACCAUUCAAAUAAACCCUCUUCAGCAGUACUUUCACAUGGUACUAUUUAUUUAGUACGUAGUUCUAACUUUUGAGUCUGUGGAUGAAAUGCUAUCGUGUUACUAUUCAAGCUUAUUCAAAUGAAAUCUCUGGAAAUGCUUUCACAAGGUAAUAUUUGCUUUUCGGCAUUUUACAAAAUAAAAUUUGGAUAUUUUGUUUACUGUUGACUUUGGCCACUUCUUUCAUUCUCUACUAGCACUGGACUCUUUUCCGCCGAAUACCAGGGAAAAUAGACCUCUGCUAGCAGGGAACUUCGGGCAGUGAGAGGGUUAAAUUGAUGUUAGUACUACCUUGGACCUCGCAGAAUACGUGAAACUUGCUCAUAAUUGUUUUUGAAUUCAGAACCCUGAAACAGUUUCUAACGUUAGCAUGGGACGAAUGUUCAGCGCAAGGGAGUAUUUUCAGGUAAAGGCUUAUAUUCAUGUUUGCCUUUCAUUCAGUUUGCUUUUCGGACUCAAUAUUUAGUUAUCUUGAAUCUUACCGAUACCUACCAUUUACUACAAUGUCGUAUUUACUCGAUUAAGCGUCCAAGCUCGAAUAUGUGCUCAUCUCGAAUAUCCGCCCACCCUGUAGUUAGGUCAAGUUAAUAAGCGUCCAGCUCGAAUAAGCGCCUACCCUCAUUCUCCUCCCCUUACGGAGAUUAAAAGUGACUACUUUCAAUGAACAGUUAAAAUUCUGCUUUGGUACAUCUUCAUAUGUUGUUAUCAUUUAUUUUUUUGUUGCAAAAUAAACAUUACUACUUGCUGAAAAUGGAAAACAUUUAAUAAGCGCCCACUCUCAAUGUCCAAAAUUUAAUAAUCGCAGAAUGAAUACGGUAUAUUAAUAUUUAUUCUAAGGCUGGCUCCACUGGUGGGCAUGCGCAAGAUGAAGCGAAUCCUACGUUUCGAUUGGCUGCCCGAGCUUGCCCACUCGGGAUCGCCCGUUUUGUCCCGCGAGAAAAGAUUUUGUUUUCGCUGUAUAAUAAAUCCUUAUUGACCAAGUUUGCUGAAUCAGGAUGGCUGAGUAUUUGCCCCAUACCCAGCCAAUAUACAUUUCUGGGAAACAGCCCACCUACCCCUCCCCUAAGCCAACAUUUUGCCCUAAGUGAGAAGUAAGUGUUAAUGUUGGCUUGGGGAAGGGGUAGGUGGGCAGUUUCCCAGAAACGUAUAAUGAUCCGCCAUCUUGACCUCAGGCUUCCUCAAGAACGCAUUCAUACAUUUUUUUUUUGCAGGCCAUGAAGCAACGCACAAGGGCAAUGGGUUUUCUAAAAACAAUUUUUGAAGAUGGCGUAGAUUGCAUUCUCACCCCAGGUAAGUUGUCCCGAUCAUACAUAAUACAUUCUGGGAAACUGCCCACCUACCCCUCCCCAACAUUAACACUUACUUCUCACUUAGAGCAAAAUGUUGGCUUAGGGGAGGGGUAAGUGGGCAGUUUCCCAAAAACGUAUGAUGAAUUGACCAUUCCGAGCGUCCCUUUUGGUCUUGUAACAGGGGGCGGAUCGGUCGGGACAUCUUCUAGCUAUAUAGAUACUAUAGAUUUUACUGAGAAUUCUUUUUAAAAAAUAAUACAACAUUUCACAGACAAAGGUCAAGGGCUGGCCGUGGUCAACUUGGCCGAACAUCAAAUCCGCCCAUGUGUGACUUUCUCUGACACGUUCCCAGUCGUCUUUAUGCGGAUGCGGGAAUCGUAGGCGAGCGAAGUAACGCGAGAUAUGUGAUCAACGCAUUUCCUUCAUCAAUAAUAACGGUUCAAACGGCUUACAGUUGAAAUGAUCAUGAAUGCUCAGGAAAGAAACUUUCUGGCGUGGGAAAUCAAUUGGAAAUCUGAGAUGGGAGGUCACUGAUUAUUAAUGAUAUGUUGAGCGGAGGCAAGCGAUGUUUUAACUGAAUUCUAUCCUGGCAAUUUUAGCCCUCGGACGUAAAGGAGAUGUGGGGGUGCUACUGGAUGGGAGUGCUUCUGAUUUUAAAAAGCAUUUUCAGCCAAUCAGAAGCACUAGCCAGAUGUGGGUAGUCACACGUCAUCGGUAUGAAAUUUCUGGGCUCGCGUUCCUCAUACAUCAUUUCGCGGGAAAACAACGUGAGACCAGUUGUGGUGUUGCGGAAUGUCGGCUGUUUUCUCAGCCUUCUAUUAUGAAGACAAAGUUGAACUUAACUUGCCACCAUUUUGGAGUAAGGUGUAUCACUGAUUUUAUUUUUUUAGCACUCGGUAUAAAAGUACCGGAGAUCCGUGACGACGCUUUGGAGUACGGAGAGUCAAAUCUGGCCGUGACGAGUGAGCUAAUGAGGUAAAGUGAAAACACUGCGAUCAAAAUCCAGAACAAACAUACAGUCCUUUUAUAUAGCUGGUGUAACUUUAAUUACAUUUCGACUUUGCUCGCCACAGAGACUCCAGUAGAUCGGUGUUUAAGGCAUCCGACCUAGAAGCGGAAGUCGUAACUUCAAAUCUCAUCUGGGCCUCGGAAAUCUUUCUAAUCUUUCCGAAUGUAGACUUUUUUUCCUCCAAACAACAGACAACUUAAUCAAACUUCAUUUGGUUUUUUCUUUAUCAAAUUUGCAGUGAAAAAAUUAUCUUGUUCGAUAGGCUAUGUCCUCGCGAGUCCGCUUGAACGAACUUGAAUACUUUAAAAGGACUUCAGUCCGUUUUACACGAGAAUCGUUAACGGCUAUUUUCCUGAACUGUCGUGAACACGAGAAUGAUCAUAAACGGAUUUUAUGUUAACACGAACGUAAGUUCGUAUGUGUUAACAAACUUACAUCAAACCGACUUGUGUGAUGUAGACGGCACUUACAUGAAUUUGUGUUCUUUUAAACUUAACCGCGUUUAUGUGGUUUCGUCAAAUCUAGCUGUUUUUUUGCUGGAGUUGAAGUCUUCAAACUGUAUUCAGGUUUGAAAAGAGAAAAGGGAAAUUCGUCUUCCUGUAUUCGCUUCCUCCAUGAAUCGCUGUGUGAGGAAUCUUCCGAAAAUAAGCCCCGGGGCUUUUAUUUUUCAAAGGCCCGUUUUGAGGGGCUUAUUUUUGGAGGUGCUUAUAUUCGGAGGGGCUUAUCUACGGAGGGAAAUUUGCGUUUCAAAAUCGACUGGGCUAGCCUUAUAGGUGGAGGUAAAUUUACCGUUUUUGCUUUGUUUUACUGUGUAUUUGAGGGCAAUUUUCCAAGUACAAGCCCCUGGAGGCCUUAUAUUUGGAGGGGCGAAUUAACGGAGGUUUUUUGGCGUUACCGAAUUGGGGGCUUAUAUUUGGAGGGGCUUAUUUUCAGAAUUUUACUGUAUUUAUCCGGCUUUUUUGUCUUUUCUUUUUUGGCGUUUCAUGCAGGUACAUGAGCCUGGCGAAUUUUACUGGUAUCCCUGGUUUAACCUUACCAGUUGGUUAUGAUGAUCACGGACUUCCUAUUGCGCUACAAGUCAUGAGCUCCUGGUGGAACGAGCAUGUGUUGUUACGUGUUUCUCAUGCUGCCGAGGGAUUUACGCCUAAGACGAAACCUCAAGUUCACUAUAACCUGUUAGAAUGAACUUUGUAACUCGGUCAAAAACAACAAAUUAUAAUCGUAGGUAUAGAGUGUUCACUUCCCCUGUUUAUCUGUGUAAUUGUCGGAUUGUACGUUUCUGGGAAACUGCCCACCCACCCCUCCCCUAAGCC